UAAUUUGCGCGCUAUUUUGCUAGCACUUUUUAUUUCCUUUAGAAAUUUAACCAAAUUAUGCCGAACCAGGACGAACUUAGUCAAGGAGCCAAGCAGAAAUUCGUGGAGACUGCUGCCAGGGCCAAGAAUCCACUGGAAUCUCUCAGCUACCAGAGCUACAAGGCGCCCAGCGGAGAGGAAUUCAAACUGAUAUGCCGAACGAAGACGGAUGCGGAUUCAAAAUUGCUGAAAUGGGCCUAUAAACUGGCCGAAACCAACGUGGGACCCUACUACAAACAACUGAAGAUGGGCUGGCAGCCAAAGAUUAAGCAAGCCGAAUUGAACAAGAACUGGGCUCGUUAUUUGGUGGCCCAAAACGAGAAGAAGGAGAAUGUAGCCUACGCCAUGUUUCGCUUUGACAUGGAUCAUGGGGAUUGUGUUCUCUAUUGCUACGAAAUGCAGGUGACAGCGGAGCACCGAAGAAAAGGCCUGGGAAAGUUCAUCAUGAGCAUUUUAGAGGACUGCGCCCGUCUCUGGCAUCUGGAGAAGAUCAUGCUGACCGUCCUGAACAACAACGAAACGUCCAUUUCCUUCUUCAAGCAACUGGGCUACGUCAAGGACGAGAUCUCCCCGGAUGUCCUGGAACAGGCAGACUAUCAAAUCCUUAGCAAAUCGAUGCUGAGCUGAGUGUUUAUUGGACUCCAGAGAUUAUAGAUAACUAGCAACUAGUA